CACUUUCCACCUGACAGUCACCGCGCGGCACUACCGGAAGCCAAGGGCUAGGCUGAUGUCGCCUGUGUGCCACACGGAGGGAUAGCUACGCAGUCCAAGACUUCCAAGACCCCAAAGCCUCCAGCCGCCACUCCUACCUAACACGGACCCCCCAGCCUGUUCUUAUCUUUCAACCCGUCUGCCUCAAAGAGCGUCCGAGGACUCAUCAUCGGUUGUUGGAGCCCAUCGUCCUUCGUAGAGUUUCUGUUUCUUUCAAAAGAAUUGGUCAAGCUAUUGGGAAACGCCUUCCUGUUCAUACUAAUCACAUCAUCUUUGCAUCUACCUACCUUACCUAGGUACCUGGUAACAAGGGAAGCAUUUUCGGCCCCUGCAAACCACGGACUCCAGCGCUUACAACCUGUCACUGUAUCAAAGCUGUUGCAAGCCUGCGCCAAAACCUACGAGGAUUUACACUGCUGACAGGUACCUACCCACGUAACCCUGCCUGCCUCAGCCCAGAGCUGGAAACAGAAAAACGAAAAAAAACUAAAAGCACCCGACCCCCACCUCUCCGCGGUCUCUUCCGAUCCAUUCUCCCAGACCGCAAAUUAUCAUAUUCGAACCACACAGAGCUAAGCUCUUGUCUGCUUCCAGUUGGCAUUACUCAACCCGUUGCUCGAAUCGACUUCGCCGAUUUUGUGACACUUGAUGGGUCUCCUCAACAUCCGAUCGCCGACGUCAUUGCGGACGGCCGUGACCACCGCUGGCGAUUCGCUCAACGACUUUUCGAUAUCAACUACCGCACCCUUUACCGUCUUCGCGCCCGGCGAACAUGACUCUCAUCCGUCUCUUCCCCAUAUCGUGCUCCUCGUCUUCGGGGCCGUCCUCGAGGUAGUAUGCGUCAGUUUGCCGGGAUACAUCAUUGCCAGGCUUGGCCACUUCGACGCUGAGAAGCAAAAGUUCUUGGCAAACCUUAACGUAAUGCUAUUUACGCCAUGUCUUAUCUUCACCAAGCUUGCAUCUCAACUUAACGCCGAUAAGCUGAUUGAACUGGGCGUCAUUCCUAUCAUAUUUGUGAUCCAGACGUUCGUCUCGUACAUGGUCUCGGUGGGAGUCGCAAAAUGCUUCGGAUUCAACAAGCGCGCUUCCAACUUCGUCACCGCCAUGGGCGUAUUUGGCAACUCCAACUCGUUGCCCAUCUCCCUGGUUAUCUCGCUGUCGCAAACCUUGAAGGGAUUGCAUUGGGACCGGAUCCCGGGUGAUAACGAUGAUGAGGUUGCCGCACGCGGUAUUCUGUAUCUGAUGGUCUUCCAGCAACUUGGCCAGCUUGUCCGCUGGAGCUGGGGAUUUCACGUUCUCCUUGCGCCCAAGUCCAAGUACGAUGAAUACAACAACGAAACGAUCGAGGAGGGUCGGUACCGCGACGAACCGGACGAGGACGAAGAAGCGGCGCAGCUUAUUCAAGGGCUGGAUAGCACCCACGAGAUUGGCGAAGAAAGCUACGCGCACGGUUACAGGAGCCCAACAAUGCAGUCCGACAACUCCGAAGUCUACGAGCCUGCAGGCCGAACUCCUGUCAUUGGGUCGUCAAGGACCUCUCCUAGUGAUUCUGGCGAAGACGAUUCGGAUACUAUUCGGAAGGUCAACAACGACAACAGCGCUGUAUCCGACCGCGAUGAGCGGCCCAACGGAAUAAUGUCGUUUCCACGCAUCAGUCACGCGCAUGAACGUGAGGUUCCCAAAGGAUUCCCGGCGCGCGUCAAGGCAUUGGCGAAGAAGGCUGCUGUAUCAGUGGGGGCUUCCGUCACCGGUGUCGCUCGUACUGUAUUCUCUGCUCUUCCGGCUCCCCUGCAGACUGUGCUUAUCAAGAUCUACCGCGGCAUGGGCCGCUUCGGUGCCGGUCUCUGGGAGUUCAUGAACCCACCUCUUUGGGCUAUGCUCUUUGCCGUCAUUGUGGCCUCGAUCCCCGAUCUCCAGGAACUCUUCUUCAAGGACGACACUUUUGUCAAGACCAGUAUCACCAGCGCCAUCAACUCCUCCGCUGGCGUCGCUGUCCCCUUGAUCUUGGUUGUAUUGGGAGCUAACUUGGCGCGCAAUACGCAGAAGCGUGAUGAGGUGGACGCCGAGGAGAAGGAGAUUGGCACCAAGCUACUGGUUGCUUCCCUGAUUAGCCGUAUGCUCCUCCCGACUCUAAUCAUGGCGCCCAUUCUUGCGCUCUUCGCCAAGUAUGUGCCUGUCAGCAUUCUGGACGACCCGAUUUUUGUCAUCGUCUGCUUCCUCCUUACCGGUGCGCCUAGCGCGCUUCAGCUGGCUCAGAUUUGCCAGAUCAACAACGUGUACGAGGUAGUCAUGGGCAAGAUCUUGUUCCAAAGCUACGUCAUCUGGAUCCUUCCUUCCACCCUCAUGUUGGUCAUGUGCGCUCUUGAGGUUGUCGAGUGGGCGGCUUAAAUGAGUGCCACUCCACAUGAGCAUUUACGUCGUCACGUCAUCAUAAGUCUUUCUUGAGGAACGCAUUUUAGGGUUGACGCGUUGCCUGGUGUAAUAUCUUGCGCAAAUUGUAACAUUGUUUUAUUCUCUGCACCAGUCGGCGUUCGGAUGAGGUAACGGUUUUCGGUUGAAAAUAUGAGAUGGGCCUUUCCCGCACUCCAAGUGUCGAUGGGGAAAGCCGAAAAAAAAAGCUUAUUGGCCGUUAGACAGAUAUGGAAGAAUGGAUAAAGAUGUAUGAUUAACGAAGCGGACAACGGGUACUAGGAUGUACAACUCAUGACUCCUGAGAAUGAGAGCAUUUCAUUGUUUCAGUGUCUAAACCUCCUGGCUAGAUGUAUGCUCUCAGCCAUACGUUCUAAUAUUUGAGUCUCAAAAUAGAGUUCUCGAAGCAAUGGGUUAAAAGGCUCGAGUAUUUCAC